UGCUCAGUGCGCAGGCGCCCUGAGAGGAAACUAGGGGGUUUCCGGUUCCGCUGUCCUCUUUCUCUUCAACGAGGCGGCCGAGCGGCAGACGCCAACAUGCAGAUCUUCGUGAAGACCCUGACGGGCAAGACCAUCACUCUUGAGGUCGAGCCCAGUGACACCAUCGAGAAUGUCAAGGCCAAGAUCCAAGACAAGGAAGGCAUCCCACCUGACCAGCAGAGGCUGAUAUUCGCCGGCAAACAGCUGGAGGAUGGCCGCACCCUGUCCGACUACAACAUCCAGAAAGAGUCCACCUUGCACCUGGUGCUGCGUCUGCGCGGUGGCAUCAUCGAGCCGUCCCUGCGUCAGCUUGCCCAGAAGUACAACUGUGACAAGAUGAUCUGCCGCAAGUGCUACGCACGCCUGCACCCUCGUGCAGUCAACUGCCGCAAGAAGAAGUGCGGCCACACCAACAACCUGCGCCCCAAGAAGAAGGUCAAAUAAACUGGCCUGUGACCCUGGGACCAAAUAAAGUCCCCUUCCAUCGACUGGAGCAGUAA